AUGUCCCAUACCCCAAUUGAGUUGCCCAAGUUAGACUGGGCCUACGAUGCGUUGGAGCCACACAUUUCCGGCGAAAUUAACCGUAUCCACCACAGCAAGCACCACCAGGUGUACGUCAACGGCUUCAAUGCUGCUAUCACCGCAUUGAGCGCUGCUGAGGCCAAGGGCGAUGUUAAGGGUGCGGUUGCAAUUCAGCAAAACAUCAAGUUCCACGGUGGGGGCCACACCAACCAUUCGUUGUUCUGGAAGACAUUGGCUCCCGUUUCGCAGGGUGGUGGAGUUCACCCAUCUGAGGAUUCUCCAUUGGGAAAGCAGAUAGUCAAGCAGUAUGGGUCAGUCGCAAAGUUGAUUGAACUCACCAACGCCAAGUUGGCAGGGAUCCAAGGUUCAGGUUGGGCUUUCAUUGUCAAGAACAAGGAGAAUGGAGGCACUUUGGACGUUGUCACCACCUUCAACCAGGACACCGUGCUCGAGCCAUACGUGCCAUUGAUUGCCAUCGAUGCCUGGGAGCAUGCCUACUACUUGCAGUACCAAAACGUCAAGGCCGACUACUUCAAGGCCAUCUGGAAUGUGAUCAGUUGGAAGGAGGCCGAGAAGCGUUUUGCGAGCAAUUAG